CAGACCGAUCGCAAACCACAGCCAUGUACAAACUGGUUCUCCUGCCCCUCUUCUUCGCCGCUGCAUCGGCUGGCUACAUCGGCGCACCCGCCUUCGCAUCCUACGCCGCCGCUCCCGCACUUGCAGCAGCCCCCGUAGCCUAUGCCGCCCCUGUAGCCUACGCUGCUGCCCCAGCUGUAGUCAAGACCGCUGUCGCCGCCCCCGUUGCCACAUCUUACGCUAACACCUACAAGGUUUCCGUCAGGACUCCCGUCGUAGCUGCAGCCGCCCCCGUGGCUUACGCGGCUCCUGCUGCUAUUGCCGCCCCAGCUCUUCUCAAGGCUCCCGUGGCUUACGCUGCUCCCGCUCCGUUGGCUUACGCCGCCCCCGCUGUGGUCAAGUCUGCAGUUGUUGGUGCCGCACCCUUGGGCUAUGCCGCCUCCCUCGGCUAUGCGUCGCCCUACGCUUAUGGAAUUGCUCACUAAGAAAUGAUCAUAUACUGGAUGUGUAUCAAACGUGUACAUACUUCUGAUAUUUAUCAUUUUGUACAUCCCUGUGACA